UUGAGUCUUAAUCAGAAACCUUUCCUCCAUACUCGUCAACAUGUCUCCUCCAUCACUUUGUGCUCCAGCACUCUGUGUCAAUGGUUGUGGCUUCUAUGCUUCAAUCAAUAACUUUUGUUCCAAAUGUUUCAAAGAUCAUGUCAAAGAACACUCUGAUCAUAAAUCAGAGAAUGAAGGGGCUGGGAAUGAAAACAAGAACUUGAAAGCUUAUAUUGCUGAAUUAUGUGAUGGUGUUGCUGCAAUUAGUGUCACUGACUCUACAAGCAUGAAGAAGAAGAGAAAUAGGUGCGAGAUUUGCAACAAGAAAGUUGGACUAACAGGGUUUGAGUGCCGAUGUGGGAAUCUAUUUUGUGGAACGCAUAGGUACCCAGAAGAGCACUCUUGUAAUGUGGAUUUCAAGAAGAUUGGUCGUCAAGUUUUGGCCAAACAAAAUCCUAAAUGUGUUGGUGACAAGCUAGAAUACAGGGUCUAGCAAGGAUAUGAAUCAGAAAAAUUGUCCUGGUGUUCUAUUUUGUUCUUAGAUCAAGAGAAUUGU